UUUUCUCUAAAUUGUUUCCAGAGAUGUAAAACAGAGAACAAGGGAAGAAAAAAAAAAAAAAGAGAGGGAGAGACUGGCACCCAGUGGCAAAGGGAGAGACAUAGAGAGAGAGACACACAGGCAAAGAGAAGGGGGCUAAGCACCUAGUGACUGCCAGAAGGAGCAGACAAAGAGAGAGAGAUGCAGGGAAACAGAGAGGGAAGAGAGUCUGAAUGUGAUGCACACACCCACAGAGGAAGAGUACUGAUGCAAGACUGAGUACUGAAUGCACUGCUUGCUGACCUCCAGAUCACAACCCCUCCACGGUGUCCAGUUUUACUAACAGAUUCUCCUGAGAAACCUCAGCCUACUGAGACUCGACCUCCUCCACCACCUUACGAUCCCAAGACUGCAAUGUCGAAUAAAACCUCUGAUCAUGAGACCUUUCCAGUGGAUAAGGACCACCUCUAUAGCACGGUACAGAAAUAUCCUUUGCCUUCGGUCUCGCCAGCUUUGGGCGGUGGGCUGUGUGAAUUGGAUCGGUUGCUCAAUGAACUCAACGCCACACAAUUCAACAUCACUGAUGAGAUAAUGUCCCAGUUUCCUACUCGGGAUCCCAGUGAACAGAAAGCUGAAGCACAGAAAGAGGCAGAAAAGAGGGCCCUGUCGGCCUCCUCUGCCACCCUCGAGUUGGACCGACUGAUGGCUUCUCUCUCUGAUUUCCACAAGCAGAACACGGUAUCACAAGAAGUGGAGGCUCCUGGUGCUUAUAAAGGCUCUGAAGAAGUUUCAAGACCUGGAGAUACAGAAGACCUAUCAAGCCCAAGAAGCACAGCUUGUGUUCCUAAAGAUUUGGAGGACGCACCAACUCCUAAAAGUUUCAAGGUGGUGUCCGCUCCUGGGCAUUUGGAAGUCAAAACCAACCAAGUAAAUUCUGAUGAAGUGACAGCUUCCCGGGUGCCUGACUCUGUGUCUGGUUCCAAAGUUCCAGAAGCCACAAGUGUUCCAAGAAGUGAUCUGGACUCCAUGCUUGUAAAGCUACAGUCUGGGCUCAAGCAACAAGGCAUUGAAACGUACAGCAAAGGAUUAUGUGAGAGCUGCCAACGACCAAUAGCUGGGCAGGUGGUUACUGCUCUCGGACAUACCUGGCACCCGGAGCACUUUGUGUGUGCCCACUGCCAUACUCUGAUCGGCACCACCAACUUCUUUGAAAAGGAUGGGCGGCCAUAUUGCGAGAAAGACUACUUUAUGCUCUACGCCCCGCGCUGUGCUCUAUGUGAAUUGCCCAUUGUGCAGAACAUGGUUACAGCACUUGGUUGCACUUGGCAUCCAGAGCAUUUUUGCUGUAAAGUCUGCAAAAAACCAAUAGGGGAAGAGGGUUUCCAUGAGAAGGAUGGGGAGCAGUAUUGCUCAGACGACUAUUUCCGUCUGUUUGGAGCUGUCUGCGCAGGCUGCACUGAGGCCGUGAAGGAGAGUUAUAUCUCUGCCCUGGGAGGCUUGUGGCACCCACAAUGCUUUGUGUGCCAUGUGUGUCACACACCAUUCAUCAAUGGAAGUUUCUUUGAACAUGAAGGCUUACCUCUAUGUGAGACUCAUUACCACUCCCGUCGUGGCUCCCUGUGUGCUGGGUGUGAGCAGCCAAUAACAGGGCGCUGUGUGACUGCAAUGGGCAAGAAGUUCCACCCCCAACACUUGAAUUGCACUUUUUGCCUCCGACAGCUGAACAAGGGCACCUUCCGGGAGCACGAUGAGAAACCUUAUUGCCAGGCUUGCUACGCCCGGCUGUAUGGGUAGGGCAGUUAUAUGGUUUCACAAAAGGAGGGUCAUCUGAGAUAUCCAGCUUCAGAAAGACUAUAAAAAGGAUGCUGUGCAAGGCACCAGACUUUAAAGAUACACAUGCAAGGCUCUGCAGGGGAAAGGGCUGGCUGCUCUGAAGGGCACAUAAUAUGCACUGCUCAUCAAGCUCUGCAAGACAGAAUCCACAUGCACUGUUCUGCAGGGAAAUGAGCUAAAUGCUUUUGGUGUUGUACAUGAUCACAUGCAUGAAAGGGAUCUAGAUGUCCUGUAAACAGGAGACCACAUCCAAAGCUGUGUAGGCACUGGAAGAGCAGGGUUGUCAGUGACCACAUAAAAUGCUCUGCUAUGGCAUGGGUUAGUUGUGCUGUGAUUUUGUUGGAGACCACAAAGUCGUUCAGUGAUCAUAUGCACUGAUAAAAUGGAGAAGAUGUCAUCUGCUGGGCAAACCUGUUGGGUACCACAUUAACUGGUCUUCUGGAAAAUAUCCAGCUGCUCUACAAGCCUUCUGAGACUUAGCGCAGAGUUCUGCAAGAAAGGAUCCAAAGCUAUGUGCAAAGUUCUUCUCCAAGCCUUCUGAGAUUAAGUGCUAGGUUCUGCAAGGGAGGAGACAUCUGCUCUGCAAGCCUUCGGAGACUUAGUGCAAAGUUGUGCAAGGGAGGAGUCAGCUGCUCUGAAAACCUUCUGAGACUAAGUACAAAGUUCCGCAAGGGAGGAGACAUCUGCUCUGCAAACCUGAGACUUAGUGCAAAGUUCUGAAAGGGAGGAGUCAGCUGCUUUGCAAACCUUCUGAGACUAAGUGCAAAGUUCUGCAGGGGAGGAGCCAGCUGCUCUGCAAACCAUCUGAGACUAAGUGCAAAGUUCUGCAGGGGAGGAGCCAGCUGCUCUGCAAACCAUCUGAGACUAAGUGCAAAGUUCUGCAAGGGAGCAGUCAGCUCCUCUGCAAACCGUCUGAGAUGCCACCAAAAGAGCUGAUAUUCACUGGUUUACUUUAUAAAUGAAAACAUCUGAUUGGUCCACCACGUUUCUGCAUAAACCUGAGAGUAUUUCACACAAACAUCCAAUUAAAAAAAGCAUUGUAAUGACAGUGGUAGGGUUGCUCCAUGUCUAGUAACCCAUAGCAACCAGUUAGAUGAUCGGUUUCUAGCAUGCUACAUGCUACAUGCUACAAUACAUGCUACUGUGGAUUACUAGAACUGGAUCAGGCUUUGUACCUGUUAUUACAUUACCAUAUAUUUCAGCUGCAUCCAUUGUCUGACAAGAGAGUAUAACGAGCUUGCUCUGCUACACUGUUCCAGUUAAAUGUAACGAUGGUCUUCGGAUGUUGUUGAACUACAUGCUUUGCUGACGCUGCACCAAAGAUUGUGUAACUGAAUAAUAGAAUAACAAUUCAAUUCACCUAUCCAUAUUGGCCCAUUAUUUCUGUGUUACCUAUUAGUUUUUAAUUUAUUUACAAGAAAAAAAUGGUUUGCUAGUCUUUGUUGUAAGUUAUAGGUGCUGCUACUUCUACUGGCUGUCCAUUCCAACCCCCCCCCUUUUCUUCCAAUUAGUUUACUUGUCCUAAUGCCUGGGCUUGGACUUCCCACUUGGCCAAUCAUGAGAGUGCGGCGGUGCAGGGUUUUCAUAUAAAAGUGGGGGUAACCAUAGAGUCUGUUGGAGGUCCAUGAUCAUAGACAAUAUGGUGGAAGUAAUGAGCCCAGCCAGUUCCUGGAAGCAAGUGCUUUUUAAAUGAGUAUUAAUUGUCAUGAUUUGCAAGGAUGCCAUGAUGCACCGGGACGGUCACGUUCACAUUUAAUCUCAAUACACAUUAUCACAUUCAUUUAUAUAUAUGCAAUAAAAUGUUCACUGUC